UUCUUGCACAUAUAGCGAGAACACGCUUGAAACUGAGUUAAUGCGAAUUUAUAGACGUAGUAUUGUUGUUAAUUUAUAAUUAGUGCAAUCGUUAUUUAGAGCGCAACAACAAUACGAUAGUCAAUUUCUAGUGUAAUUCAACGCUUUUCACAAAAGUUACCAAACAGCAUAAGCAAAUUGCAAUAAGUUAAGUGCCGCGAUUGUGUAUGUGUUGUGUGCGUGUGUUUGGAACCAAAAAAAAAAGUCUUAUACAGCAGAAAAGGCGGCAAAAGAAACACAACAAAAAUAACACUGCACAUGAUAUGCAAAGCAAGGCGGCAAAAAAAUUGCAACUACAAACAUAAUUAUUUGUGCAAUGCAUUUAACGUGAACGUCGGCAUCGUCUUGUUGCUCAAAAACAACAACAACAAAAUCACUGACAUUACGAAUGAGCACAAAACUUUUUGCAGCAUUUCGUUUUGUGCGUCAAUGCAGACAGGAAUAAAGAAAGAAACGGCGAAAAUAAUCUGCAGCGAUCCAACAAAAACAACACAGAAACAGAAACGGCAAAUGAAAUACAGGUAAACACAUUUUGCAAUGCAACACGCCAGUGUUUAAAAGAGAACGCGAGAGAGAGAGGGAGAGAGAUUUAGCUAGAUCAAAGAGACAUUUUGUGCGCGCAACGCAAUUGAAUUUGGCAAAUUGGCAGCACCCAAAAAGUAUGAUACAAAUUCAACAGCCACAACAACAACAUUGAGGACCACAUUACGCCAAAUUGGCAGCAUUUUUUGACUGCAUUGAAAGCGAAUGCAAAAAAAACAAAAACAAACCACGAAAACAGAAAAUAAAAUCAAAUUUAUUAAAAGCAGGCGAAAAAUACAACUAAAGAGGUGUUUGAGCAGCAGCUAGAGAUCUGGGCAGCGUACAUAAGUGGAGCUAGAAGAAAACAAUUAAAGACACCCACACAGACACACAGAACGAUGGCGUCUUCGCCGACUCCAUCGCUGGACUCCAUGCGUGGCGCCAACUCGAUUGAAUCUUAUGAGCAUGCCGGCUAUCUGUCCGAUUCGCCGCUGACGCUGAGCGGAUCGUCGCCACCGGUUAGCGAUUCGGCGAUCUGCAGUGAUGAGUACAUAGCUGGCAGCCAGGUCAGCGUGAAGGUGCGCCAGGAUGUGACGGUCAUCAAUGGGCAUCAUCCGAUAUCGGCCUCCGUAUCGUCCAGCUCGUCGGCCAGCUCAUCUUCCUGCUCGUCCUCGUCAUCGUCGUCCUCGUCAUCGUCCAGCUCAUCCACCAGCGGUCUCAGCGGCUGCGGCAGCACCAGCAGCAGCGUCAUCAGCAGCUCCAAUGUCAACAGCAAUGGCCCGGGCGUCAUAGGCAGCAAUUUGCCCAGCAACAGCAGCAACAGCAUCAGCAGCCUGGUUGUUGGCGCCGGCAAAGGCAACAACAGCAGCAGCAACAACGGCAGCAGCGGCAACAACAACAACAACAGCAGCAACAACAACAGUCUCACAGCCGCACGCUGCACCGCCUGCAAGAGCAAGUGCAGCGACGCGGUGGCCAAAUGCUUCGAUUGCCAGAGCUAUUUGUGCGCCAACUGUGUGACAGCGCACGAAUUUAUGCACUGCUUCAACGGGCACAAUGUCUGCCUGAUCAAGGGCUUCGAGGCGACCAGCAACGGCAGCAGCAGCAGCAACACGCCCAACAGCUGCAACAAUCCAGCCUCCAGCGACUUCAAGUACGCCAGCUCGCUUACAAUGAUGCUGCAGCAGCAGCAACAGCAGCAGCAACAACAACAGCAGCAGCAGCAGCAGCAACAGGCACAAAUGACAGACGCACAGCCGCAGCAGCCCAUGUCGCAGCUGUCGAAGAUUGUGCUGGCAGCAGCAGCAGCAGCCAACAACUCGCAGGAGCAGCAGCAGCAGCAGCAGCAACACGAGACACUGUACACACCGCACUUGCAACAACAACAGCAACAGCAACAGCGACAGCUCUUCUGUGCACGCCACAAGCACGAGCUGUUGAAGUUUAGCUGCCGCACUUGCUGCACGCUUGUGUGCAAGGAGUGCAUUGUACUGGAGCACUCGACAGGUCUGCACGAGCUGGAGAGCGUGCAGUCGCCAGCAGCUGUGGCUGGCGCCGCCGGCAACAGCCAGAACGAGGCGGCGCUGCAAACGCUGCUCGCCGAUAUGCGCGGCAAGAUUGGAGAGAUUGUAGCCGUGGCCAAUAGCGCCGAACAGUGCGUGACCAAGGUGAAGCUGCAGUACCAGAAGGCGCACAACGAACUGAACGAGACGCAUCAGUUCUUUAGCUCGAUGCUGGAUGAGCGCAAGACAGAGCUGCUCAAGGAGCUGGAGACGGUCUAUACGGCCAAGGUCAACAGCAAUGUGAUGUGGCUGCAGCGUUCCAAGGACAUCACCGACAAGGGCCUGGCGGCCUGUGAGGCCGUCGAGCGCUCGCUAACAACUGGCGUCCAAUCGCCGCUGCUGCCCGAGGCGAUGCUGCUGCGCAAGAGUCUGGAGCAGCAGCUGCAGACGGGCGUACAGGACAUGCAGCUACCCUUCGAGCUGGAGUUUAUGUCCAACUAUCAGUCCAUACAGGCCGGCGUACGCAACACCUUUGGCUAUAUUCGUGCCAGCAACGGUGUCGGCUCCGGCUCUGUCAGUGGCAACUGCUCCGAAUCGAGCCUCAGUCUUGCUCACAGUCACAUCAGCCACGCCCAGAAUCACGUUCACGGCAAGCAGCCGCCCAUUGCGCGGCCCACGCAAAGUGCGAGCAACAGCAGCGCGAGCAGCGCGGGCAGCCAUCAUCAUCAUCAGCAACAGCAGCAACAGCAGCAGCAGCAACAUCUUCAGCUGCAGCAGCAACAGUUGCUGCCGGGCCUGGGCCUGGGCAGUCUGCUGGACAACAGCAGCAAUGGCAGCAACAGCAACGGCAGCGUCUAUACAAAUGGCGCCGGCUGCCUAUUGCUGGGCGGACGUGAACGCAACCUGAACGAUCUGCAGCACUUUGGCGAACUGUUGCCCAAGCGUGCCACAAGCAUGACGCACUACAAUCCCUACGAGAAGUGGAGCAACGGAGGCAGCGACAAUUUGUUCAACACAACGGCGGCGGCAACAAUUGGCGGCAACGGCAACAGCAGCUCGGCUGUGGUUGAUGCCUUCGCCAGCCUGUCGUCGGUCAAUCUCAAUGGGAGCAGCAACAACAGCGCCGUUAGCAACGAAUCUCUGCUCGAUCUGACCAACAAGCUGCUCUCGGCCUCCAUAUAUCCACCCAAGUCGCAAAUCAAGCGCCAAAAGAUGAUUUACCAUUGCAAAUUCGGCGAAUUCGGCGUCAUGGAGGGCCAGUUCACGGAACCGAGCGGUGUGGCGGUCAAUGCCCAGAACGACAUCAUUGUGGCGGACACGAACAAUCAUCGCAUCCAGAUCUUUGACAAAGAGGGACGCUUCAAGUUCCAGUUUGGCGAGUGCGGCAAACGCGACUCCCAGCUGCUCUAUCCGAACCGUGUGGCCGUUGUCCGCAACUCUGGCGAUAUUAUUGUCACCGAACGCUCGCCCACACACCAGAUCCAGAUCUACAAUCAAUAUGGCCAGUUUGUGCGCAAGUUCGGAGCCACCAUAUUGCAGCAUCCGCGCGGCGUCACCGUCGACAACAAGGGACGCAUCAUUGUGGUCGAGUGCAAGGUGAUGCGCGUCAUCAUAUUCGAUCAGAAUGGCAAUGUGCUGCACAAGUUCGGCUGCUCGAAACAUCUGGAGUUUCCCAAUGGCGUUGUGGUCAACGACAAACAGGAGAUCUUCAUUAGCGACAAUCGGGCGCAUUGCGUCAAGGUCUUUAACUAUGAGGGACAGUAUCUGCGCCAGAUUGGCGGCGAGGGCAUCACCAAUUAUCCCAUCGGCGUUGGCAUCAAUUCGAAUGGCGAAAUUCUCAUUGCGGACAAUCACAAUAACUUCAAUCUGACCAUUUUCACCCAGGACGGCCAGCUGAUCUCGGCGCUGGAAUCGAAGGUGAAGCACGCCCAAUGCUUCGAUGUGGCGCUCAUGGAUGAUGGCAGCGUGGUGCUCGCCAGCAAGGACUAUCGACUAUAUAUCUAUCGCUAUGUGCAACUGGCGCCCGUGGGUAUGUAAGCAGAGAGCCUUGACAAAACACAUAUAGAAAAAAAACAAAAAAAAAAAAAAACGACAAGAAAAACAUGCAGAAAAUAUACAAAAACAGACGACGCCAGAAAUUCGGAAUUCAGAACUUUGAAUUCGAAAAAAAAAAAA